UGAAAGGUUGUUUUUUUGGGAUAAUAUAAUUAAACAAAAAAACAUUGUUUAAAGUGAGAAGUUAGGCCUUCAAUGGAAUCUAAUUCUAUAGCAAGACCUGAGACAUGACUGUAUUGUUUUUUUCUUUAAGCCCCCAACACGCAAGCACAGAAGAAGCCUCUGGCCCUACCUCACAACCUACUGCAGACAAGUUGCUGGUAGAGGGCAAGUCUGAAGAACAUAUAGUACCCAUACCAGAUAAACCCUCUGAUGAUCAGACUGUCACCCCAGUCACCUCAGUUGAAACACAAUCAGAAGUUGCCCCCCCUCAGAGAAGCAGAAAGAAAAAGAGAUCCCUUCCACAAGAGUCUCAACAAAAAGCAGAUGGCCAAGGAAGUGUGGCUACCCAGGAUGUCGCUGCACAGGUAACAACUAAACUGGUCGCUCCUCAUCGUGUGAAGAAAAAAGAGGGAAGUCUUCCUCCAGAAUCUCAACCGGAAGCUGAUGAUCAAGGGAUUGUAUUUACUGUGGUCCCUUCACAGCCUCUAAGGAGAAAAGACAGCCUCAGUCCGGUGCGCAAGCAAAAAUCUGAGAAUGUAUCUGCACAGAAGCCCAUUGAAGUAGUCACUUCCUGCUGUCCGAAAAGAAAAGACAGUAGUCUUUUAACAGAACCUCUAAAGAAAGCUGAUGGUCAGAAGGGUUUCACUGCCCAGGAAGCUCCUCAGGUGGUCCCAUCACGGCCUGGUAGUAAAAGAGACCGUAGUCUUUCAACAGAGCCCCAACAGAAAGCUGAUGCCCCUGUCCAGGCGCACACAGACGUGGUCCCUCCUUGCCGUACUAAGAAAAGAGACCGUAGUCUUCCAGCAGAGUCUCCACACCGACCUUUGAGGAGAAAGGAAAGCUUCACUAAAGACACAUCAACACAGGCAACUAGCCUGGUCCCACCUCUGCGCCCAAGGAGAACCUCUAGAGCCUCCAGUGCAGAACCUUCAGACAAACUUGGCCAGGGAGCCACUGAACUGAUUCUACCACAGCCAGCUCAGAAAGCCGAUGAGCCAGAGAAUCUGAUUGCCCAGGCGGUCACCGAGCUGAUUCCACCUCAGCGCACAAGGAAAGCAUCUCUCUCUACCGAACAUCAACAGAAAGCUGACGAUUUAGAGAGCGCUACCGGUCAGGUCACAACUGUUCCCCUAACACCAGAUCAUGUACCGACAGAGUCGUACCCGGACUUUGGUGUGAGAGAGACUGCCCCCCUCCUGAUCAUCAGAAAAAUAGCCCCGCCAAGGCGCAGCAAGAAAACAAAUUCUCCCCCAGUGGAAUCAGGCAAAGCAGAAGAUGAGGCUGUGGCUGUAGAGGCCCUGAAUGCUGCCAACCAGGGGUCUUCAGCACCAUCCCAGAUAGAGGAUCUGAUGAUAGACUCGUUUGAAAAUGUUGAGACCGAGAUGCAGUCUCAGAAAGCCACAGAAAUGGCCACUGAGCCAAUUGAAGAUAAGCCACACUGUGAAGGGGUUGCCGUGAAUUUGACCGUAAUUUAUAGGCCGCUCAUUGACAAUGCAGCUCAGAAGGUAUCGACAGAGGACACUGCGCCAGAAGUAAAGACUGAGGACAAGCAGGAGUACUUACCAGUCCCAAAGCCUCGUGGGAAACGAGACCCGACCCCACCUGUCCAUUUAGAUGCUACCAGACCAAAGACCCGGCAUGCCUCUAGUGGGGAUGACAACGAUUCUACCAGAGAGAGAGGACGUUCACAUGCAGCCUCAGCCUCUGUGCUGGAACCACCUCGACGCAGCAAGAGGAGCAGUAGUCUUCCUCCCGUACCCCCUGGGUGCCAGCCUGCAGCAUCUGGUGACGUGGUGGUUGCUCCUCUGCGUAGGAGGAGUAGACUAAACAUAGAACAAUCAAGCAUGCCUGUUCCAGUUCCCCGCUCGAAAAAACGCCUCAGUUCCUCUUUCUCCGAUGGAACUCCUUCAAUGGACUCCUCAUUCACUAGGCAGACAGAUUCCCUUGAGUGCUUGUUGUCUCUCUCUCAGGAAGACAAACAAGUCGCCAGUCAGGAAGCCACAGAGGGUUCAAUAUCAUUAACCUCAAGCAUGGUCUCCGAAGGGAGCUUUGUCACAAUUCUUCACUCAGAGGAGAUAUCACCAGAAGUUAUUGUCUGCGAAAAGGGACUGGAGGAGAGUGGGGAGAGCUGGACCUUCACAGAUACCGCUAUGGUCACUGAGGCCUUCACAGAUACUGUAAGCGAGGACAUUGAGAGGGGUUCAGAGGCAGAGACUGUCUUUGAGAAAGGACUGGAGGAGAGCAUGGAGAGCUUGACCUUUACAGAUACUGCCAUUGUCACUGAGUCCUUCACAGAAACCCCUAAGUUCUUCGCAGACACUGUUAGUGAGGACAUUGAGAGGGGUUCAGAGGCAGAAGUUCUUGACCAGACCUCUCCAACCACUGCUACACCAGCUGAGGACGACUGGUUACAUGUUAAGGGAGCCAAAGAGACAGAGAAGAUGGAGGUAGAGAGAAAAUACACGGGGGUUGAAGAGGUGGACUUUGGCUUUGAGUCAGUAGACGUAGCUGACGGUGGCUUAGAUAAAGAGAGGCAGCAGGAGGCAGCAGAGGAGCCAACAACACCUGAGCGCAGACCUGCAAACUCUCAGGAAAUGGGUCAAGACAGUGCUGCUUCUCCAGAAGGUCUCAUGGCCAGUCCUGGCCUGGUCACUUCCAGCCAGUCACUACUGGAGUGGUGUCAGGAAGCCACCAAAGAACAUAAGGGGAUCAAGAUCACUAACUUCAGCACAUCCUGGAGGAACGGCCUGGCCUUCUGUGCCCUUCUACACCACUUCCACCCAGACAGGAUAAACUUUGAGAUGCUGGACCCUUAUGACAUCAAGCUCAACAACAAGAAGGCUUUCGACGGCUUUGCUGAGCUGGGCAUUUCUCGGCUGAUGGAGCCCUCAGACAUGGCCCUCCUGGCCGUGCCUGACCGCCUCAUCGUCAUGACCUACCUCAACCAGAUCCGCACCUACUUCUUGGGCCAGGAGCUGAGUGUGCUGCACAUAGAGGCGGACAGCAGCGAGUCCAGCUACGGCGUGGCCGGGGAGAGCCGGGAGGGCCCCGACCCGGAGGCCGCUGCACGCUACUGUCAACGGAUCCACGAUGAGGCCCUCACAACGGACACCAAUGGGGGCGCUGCAGAGAAGGAGGCGUAUAGUGACACUAAGGGGGACACCAAUGGGGACGUGGUCCCGCCCCCUAGAACCAAACGGCUGCAGGCUGCAGGGGCAGGAGGAGGGGCCCAGGCCCCCGUCGCACCCCCCAGGACACACUUCUUAUCUGCCAAGUCUGGGUUCUCCCAGCUAAAGGAUGCAGAUCUGGUUAAGAAGCGGCGGUCGCAACGCAGGACAAUAGACGAGGCAGACUCAACCGAGGUUGCUACAGGUCAGGAAGAGGUUGGAGCUACCAGAAGGAAAUCAGAAACAGAAGGGGAAGCUGGUGAAGAAGGACGAUCGGCUGAGGAGGAGUGCCAGGACGCCAGCCAGUAUGCACUGAGUGAGAUGAAGGCCCUGGAGGCGGAACAGAAGCACAUUGACAGCAGGGCAGACAUAGUGGAAAGGAGACUACGCCGACUGAUGGAGUCAGGUAGUGACAAGAUGCAGGAGGAGAAGCUGAUUCAGGAGUGGUUCACUCUGGUCAACAAGAAGAACGCCCUCAUCAGGAGACAAGACCAACUACAGCUGCUACAAGAAGAGCAGAACCUGGAAACGAGGUUUGAGAUGCUGAACCGAGAACUGAGAGACAUGAUGGCUAUUGAAGAGUGGCAGAAGACAGCGGCCCAUAAGCACAGGGAGCAGCUGCUACUGCAGGAGCUGGUGUCUCUGGUCAACCUGAGGGACGAGCUGGUCCACGACAUGGAUGCCAAGGAGAGAGGGGCUCUGGAGGAGGACGAGAGGCUGGAGAGAGGCCUGGAGCAGAGACGCAGGAAGUACAGCAAGAAGAGCAAGGAGGAGAAGUGUGUGCUGCAGUGAGGCCUGGCGUCGGACACACCAGAACCAGGCAGCCCUGUGGAAGGUCACCUGGGUGCACUUUGGGACUGAUGUUGUAUGUGUGUGGCUCAUGACAUCAACACUGCAUGGAAGAGACUGAGAACAGUGUUAUGUGACUGCACUAAGAGGACGGACAACGAUGUUCGCCCCCCCCCCCCCCCCACCCCUCCAUGAUAUGACUGAGCCUCAAUCCAACCUAUGACUGGUUAUCAUCAGUCGCUUUGCUCUUCAGAUUGUGUUUUGAUUGGAUUGAAGUGUUUUUCUUGUCGCUUAUUUUUCUAUAUGGAUGCAGAGUUUGUGUGUACCUGUGUUUGUGCGUGUGAAUGUGUGCGCUGAUGCGUGCCAUUGUGAGUGCAAUCCAUGACUGUAUGGCGCUAUUCUGUGUAUUAACUUCAGGUCACAAAGACAUAUCCCAAACUAACUUAUCACCAGAUAGCUGCCUUACUGUAGAAUCUGUUACAGUAGUGUAUUGUAUAAUGGGUUACUUACAAAAGGUAUUUUCCACCGAAUGGCAUAUUAUGGACGGGACAGGGCUCCAGCUACUAUGUACAACAAAGACCUACUUUAGGGCCAUGCAGCAGGUGGAUUGAUUCACCCGUCUUCACCUACAGUUACAUGAGACUGACAGGAGCGCUCUGUGAUUUAUUGCCAAUUACAAUGGAGAGAUGGAAGGAAAGUACUCAACUUGUGCCAAACAACUAUUGCCAAAAAUAUCUUUCUUAUUUCUUGCAGUAUGUUGGCUGUGCAGACAGCACACAGCAGACAUCCGUUGUCUGAUCGUUUAUCGACGUGGAUGUCGAGGAGAGAAGAAAACUGACAUUGUUGACACGGUCUUGGUAUUGAAGGUGUUAAAUGUUUACUUGCAGCGCUCCAACGCUCAACCAGAGUGGGAGAUUUAGGAGGGAAGGGAAAAGAACGGAAGUCUAUACGGUAGCUAGUUUCGUACCCUACAGCUCGGUGUCUGAAAGAACAAAACCGUUUGAACUUAUCAAAGUAAUUUAUGGUUUUAUUUAUUGAAUAGGUAUUCAACAGAUAAUCUUACAGAUCCUGCCUGUCAAAUGUGCCUUUUGACCAGACCCAUAGUUUUAAAAAUGACUGGAAGUAUGAACUUUGUUCCUAGUUUGGAUAUGUUUAUGCAGUGAGUUUGAGUUCAGUUACUUGUUUGUGACAUUAGUCUUGCAAUGUCUUGUUUUCCAUUGAUUGUUUUUUGUUUUGUUUUAUUAAUUUAAUUAAUUGACGUAGAAGCUGUGGAGUCUGAAAAUGAAAUGAUCUGAAAUACUAGAGGACAGCAAUAUGCAAACAGAAAACAUCAGGCAAAUGCAUGUUUUGUAGUAUUUCCAUCUUUACCUCACCGCUAUCAAUUACUAUAGUCUUAUGCACGUGGUUGUUACAGAAGAUGAAAUGUGCAAAAGUGUACGCAGUAAACAAAUAACCCUCAUAAGUUAACAUGGUCUAAAAAACACACUUUACUUUUGCAAAAAAAAUAUUCUAAGAUUAAAACUCCAGCACUUCCUUACUGCAGUAUCACUAUCAUUGGCCAAGAUUGGACCAGAGGUUGAUAUUCGCUUGACCUCUGCUGCGCAACACAACAGAGUAAAAACUAGAUUCUGUCCUGAGUUAUUUUGGGGUGCCAUUUGACUGAGUGAUUUUUUUUAGACGGUGAGGUGUUUGAACUUGUGUUCCAGUCUGUGCCUCCUCUGCCACUCUGUUGUUAGUUACUGUGGUAAUGUUUACUGUCCCCUGUGUGAGUUUGAGAAAUGUGCUUUUAGUUUUCUGAAAUAGCUUUUUGGGGAAGUUUUUUGUUUGUUUUAAUGUUACGUACAUUUGCACUAUUUGUAAUGUUUGGAAAAUAAAAGCUAUUUUGGAUGACUCGGA